CUUCAAGACCUGUGUCUUUCUUCGUCAGUCUCUGUGUAUAGCGUCUGUUGCAUCUUCACAAUGACUCUUCUUCAGACAACAACACCUAGCCCCAAAGCCGACCCAAUCGUCGUGGACGGCACGUCAUUUGCGCUCAACGGCAAAAAUGUCUCCUACCGCUUUCACGUCGAUCCAGCUACUGGAGAUCUUCUGCUCGAUCACUUCGGCGAUCGUAUAACAGAAAACCCCAUCGCCCAGAUCAUGUCCAACGGUGGAGGCUGGUCUACUCAAGCUCAUCUCCGCCGUGAAUUUCCAGACCUUGGCCGUGGAGAUUUCCGCACUCCUGCUGUACACAUCAAGCACGCCAAGGGCUUCACAGUUUGCAACUUCAAGUACAAGUCUCAUACAGUCCUUAAGGGUAAACCUGCGAUUGAGAAACUGCCCAGCACAUUUGGCUCAGACGAUGAUGUUUCAACACUGAUUAUACAUCUUUACGAUGAGUAUAGCUCUGUUGGUGCAGACUUGUCGUACUCUAUCUUCCCCAACUUCGACGCUAUUGUUCGAAACGUCAAGAUCAUCAACAAGAGUGAUGAUGUCAUUACUGUUGAGAAGCUGUCAAGCUUCAGCGUUGACUUUCCUCAUGAGAGCUACGAGAUGCUGCAGUUGCAAGGAGAGUGGACCAGGGAAUGCAACAGAACUCGCCGAAAGGUUGAGUAUGGACUUCAAGGAUUUGGAAGUACCACUGGUUACUCGUCUCACUACCAUAACCCAUUCUUGUCAAUGGUCUCCCCAUCAACAACCGAGUCCCACGGUGAAGCUUGGGGUUUCUCCCUCGUCUAUACUGGUUCCUUCAGCGUCGAAGUUGAGAAGAGUCAUCAAGGUCUCACUCGCGCACUCGUCGGAAUGAACCCAUGUCAGCUGUCUUGGCCGUUGAGAUCGGGCGAGUCACUGCAAUCACCAGAAUGCGUUUCCGUGUUUUCCAACCUCGGCAUUGGCGAGAUGUCACGGAAGUUUCAUCGCCUGUAUCGUCAGAACCUCAUCCGAAGCAAGUUUGUCUCUGAAACGAGACCUGUUUUGUUGAAUAGCUGGGAGGGUCUGUACUUUGACUUUGACGACAAGACGAUCUACAAAUUAGCACAAGAGUCAGCAAAGUUGGGGGCCAAGCUCUUCGUGCUUGACGAUGGCUGGUUUGGCGACAAGCAUCCUCGUGUCAACGACCAUGCUGGCCUAGGCGACUGGGUUGCAAACCCCAAGAGGUUCCCGAGUGGUCUGGACUCUCUUGCUAAGGAUAUCACCAAGUUGCAAGUCAAGGAUUCAGACGAGAAGCUGCAGUUUGGACUGUGGUUUGAACCUGAGAUGGUCAAUCAGAAGUCUGAGCUAUAUGAGCAGCAUCCUGAGUGGGUUCUGAGCGCUGGAAACUACGCUCGUAGCGAAACUCGCCAACAGCUGGUGUUGAACGCUGCCCUCCCAGAAGUACAGGACUUUAUCAUCAGCUCUGUAUCCAAGAUCUUAGAGACUGUCCCAGUCAGUUAUGUCAAAUGGGACAACAACCGAGCGAUGCACGAGAGUCCUACGCCAGACAACCAUCACGCCUACAUGCUCGGCAUAUACCAUGUCUUCGACGUGCUGACUGCCCGAUUUCCCGAUGUCCUUUGGGAGGGUUGCGCAUCGGGUGGCGGUCGCUUCGAUCCUGGCAUCUUGCAAUACUUCCCGCAGGUUUGGACUUCGGACAACAUGGAUGCUUUUGAUCGCAUCCAUAUUCAGUUCGGUACAUCUUUAGUGUACCCGCCUUCGACAAUGGGCGCACAUGUCUGCUCUGCACCAAAUGAUGUGACUGGACGCUCAAUCCCAAUGAGCUUUAGAGCCCACGUCGCAAUGAUGGGCGGCUCAUUCGGUUUCGAACUGAACCCUGACCAUACGCCUGAGGAAGACAAGGCACAGAUCCCGGAUCUCAUCAAACUCGCAGAGAAGAUCAACCCCAUCAUUAUCAAAGGAGAUAUGUGGCGGUUGGUGUUGCCCGAGGACUCCAACUUCCCUGCAGCAAUCUUUGUAUCAGAGGACGGAAGCCAAGCUGUCUUGUUUGCAUUCCAGAUCAGAGCAACUACUGUUCUCAACUAUCCUCUGCUUCGACUGGCUGGACUUGACCCAGCGGCGAGGUAUAGGCUUGAUGGCGGAGAGACGUACUCGGGCGCUACACUAAUGAAUGGAGGAAUUCAGUUUCGAUUUGGUACAGAUUAUGAUAGUAAGGUUGUUCUGCUAGAGAGGGUAUAA